GCAUACGGGAGCUUUUCUUCUUCUGGCUCACUCAUAUGCAAAAGGGUAAAUGAAAGCACACAUCUCCGAUGUGUCCCUUCACUUCUCCACUACUUGCUAAAAAAAAAAGUAACUUCCAUUUUCAGUUUUCAACUUCACCGUUGAUUUCAUUCUACUGCACGCUUAUUCUCCCCAGUACCCGUCCGUUCCAUUUUUUCUCUUUCGUCUUCCUCAAAGAUUUCUGAGGUUUUUUUUGUGCAUUUUAUGAUCUGAGUUGAGGUGGUUGUUUCCAAUACCCUGCUGCAUAAUAAACGUCAAUGGUUGAAAGUAGUAGUCAGCCUGUGGGAUUCUUGGAAAGUAGGCGAACUGAAAGUGGUCACUCUGCCCCUUCUACCAAGUAUAAGCAUGGUAGAGCUUAUGCAAUUCGUGAUUUUCCACCAGGGUGUGGGUGGCUGGCUGCUCGAGGUGAGCAAGCAGUAAUGAGGAAGGUAGUUUUUGUGUCAGAAAACUCAGUAAAAGAAAUUUCUGGUUUGCAGAAGGAUUUGCCUCAGGGGAAUGUUGCUAAUUCAAAAAAGGAGAUUUUUCCAAAAGGUGGUGUGAAAUCCUAUCCUGAUCAAAGCAGUCUGAGGAAGACUUUAGGAAGAAAGCAUUAUUCACAGGGAGGAGCCACUGUUGUGAGAGACUUCCCUCCAUUUUGUGGAGACAAUGUUCCACCACUCAGUAAGGAGGGGCGCAUGAAAUGGCUUGCCUCUUUAAAGAACAAGAAUGUCAACUCACUGAUGUUAGUAAAGAAAGAAAAACCCUUGGAAAAGACCAUAUGUACUGAUGUGAAACAGGUGAUAGAAGCUGUUCAGGAUGAAACUACACCAGAAGGCUGUGCUCCUAUGCUCUCCACAGAAGACAUUCGAUAUAAACCAGAAAAGCCAGCUUCUGGAAAAACAAAGAAGCAAGGUGCAUAUGAAGCUUCUUCUAGGAAUGAUAAGACGGAGGGAAUGAACAAUAUGUUUGAAAACAGCAGCAAAUCUCCUUUUGGAUCUUCUCCAAAUGAAUUUGAUAGCAAGUCAAAGGAAACAGAGGACAAGGAUUUUCAGACAAAGCUUUCUGAUUCAUCUGCCUUUGAGAAUCAAGCGCUGGAGAAGGAUCGCGAAAGGCAAGAAGUUUUAUCUGACAGGUGGAUUGUGCCAGGCCUCAUGACUUCUACUCGGUUGCCUGGGAAAGUCUCCUUGAAUCCUGCUUUGUCUGGUGGUUCUUCUAAAAGAAAAAGAAAGAAGAGCUUCAUGUUGCUUCAACGAGCUAAAAUCAAGAAAAAUUCUUCUACGAAACGGGCUCACCAAGGACUCAACCAAGUGGUUAUUUGGGCUGAGAAAGACUCAUUCCAUCGGGAUGGGCAAUACACAAAUGAUAAUUUUGCUCGGAGAUCAUGUAAUAAUAAUAUGAGUUUUCCUUCUUGCCAGAUCAGUACAGUUCAUCAUAAUGAUGAAAUGACUAGUAGGAGCAAAGUGAGAGAGGCAUUACGCCUAUUCCAAGCCAUCUGUCGGAUGAUCUUACAGGAAGAAGAAUCAAAGUUGAAGGGAAAAGGAAAGAGUCAUAGGAGGGUGGAUUACCUUGCUGUAAAGAUUUUCAAACAGAAAAUGAACUAUGUCAACACUGGCGAAUCAAUUAUUGGAACAGUUCCUGGUGUUGAAGUUGGUGAUGAAUUUCAGUACUUUGUUGAGCUCAAUAUUGUUGGCCUUCAUCGCCCAUCUCAAGCUGGUAUAGAUUAUGUAAAGCAGGGUGAAAGGAUUGUUGCUACUAGUAUUAUAGCAUCGGGGAGCUAUGAAGAUGACUUGGAUAACUCUGAUGUCUUGUGGUACAUGGGUCAAGGAGGAAAUGUGAUGCAAAAAGGUAAGCAACCUGAAGACCAGAAGCUUGAAAGAGGAAACCUAGCUUUGGCAAAUAGUAAAGUUGUGAAAAAUCCAGUGAGGGUGAUUCGUGGAGAAACAAGGUCUUCUGGCUUGUUAGAAGGUAGAUGUAAGGCAUAUGUUUAUGAUGGACUCUAUUUGGUGGAGGAGUUUAAGCAGGAACCAGGACCACAUGGUAAGCUGGUGUAUAAAUUUAAGCUGGUUAGAAUUCCAGGUCAACCAGAAAUUGCGUGGAGAGUUGUAAGGAAAUCUAAAGUGCGAGAAGGGCUCUGUGUACAUGAUAUCUCAAAUGGCAAGGAGAUAAUUCCCAUUUGUGCUAUAAACACCAUAGACGCUGAAAAACCUCCUACAUUUCUGUAUGUACCUCGCAUGAUGUAUCCUGAUUGGUUCCACUGUAUUCCUUCCAAAGGCUGCAAUUGUAUCAAUGGAUGUUCACAAUCUGCAAAAUGUUCAUGUGUGAUGAAAAAUGGAGGUGAUAUCCCAUAUAACCAUAAUGGUGCCAUUGUUGUGCCUAAGCCCCUUGUCUAUGAAUGUGGUCCUAGUUGCAAGUGUCCUGCUUCUUGCUACAAUAGAGUCAGUCAACAUGGCAUAAGAUUUCAGUUUGAAAUCUUUAAAACAAAAUCAAAGGGAUGGGGUGUUAGAUCCCUAAAUUCAAUUCCCUCUGGAAGUUUUAUUUGUGAGUAUACUGGAGAGCUUAUCGAGGAUAGGGAAGCCGAAAAAAGAAUAGGGCAUGAUGAGUAUCUGUUUGAUAUAGGAAAUAAUUACAGUGAUAGUUCUCUCUGGAAUGAUCUUUCAACACUAAUGCAUGAUGGACAUUCAAGUUUCCAACAAGUUGUUCAAGACAGUGGUUUCACCAUUGAUGCGGUGCGGUAUGGCAAUAUGGGGAGGUUCUUAAACCAUAGCUGUUCACCUAAUUUGUAUGCACAAAAUGUUCUUUAUGAUCAUGAUGACAAGAGAAUCCCACACAUAAUGCUCUUUGCUGCUGAGAAUAUUCCUCCCUUGCAAGAGCUGACUUACCAUUACAAUUAUAUGGUAGAUCAGGUUCAUGAUGAGAAUGGUGAUAUAAAAAAGAGAAGUUGCUAUUGUGGCUCUUCAAAGUGCACUGGUAGGCUGUAUUAAGGCAGGCCACUAUAAAUUCUUUGGAUACCUAAUGAAGAGCUGACCUUUUGAACUGUAUGUAUCUUUCCCCCUCACAACUUGUAAAAGUUCGAGGUACUUAUUCUCACACUAAUAGCUAAAUAUGAACAUGCUAGGGCUUUGUGUAUGUGUACAUGAAAUUACUGUUGUUUUGGUUUUGAUAUUGCUGUUCGUGAUUGUUUUUUGCAAACAUAUUGUUUGUGGAUGUGCAUUGUGCACAAACUCUGAUCAAUACACAGAUCAUAUGUGAGAGCUUUUGGGCACAGAAAUUACACAAUAAUCAUGGUAGCACAAUUGCCUUCAUGUCAUUGUCCAUUAAUGCUAAUUCAGAGUUGGUUCUAAUCCAUGGCAAGUCCUUUUUUGUGUAAAUUGAACUCCCAAGGAUUCAAAUAGAUUCAAAGCACUGCAUAAACUAUUUUAGCUUGCUUCAUUUGUGGACCAGAUUGAUGUGGAUUUGGUUCAUGAGAUUUUAACCGGAUAGGAUCCUGAGAUAAAGCUUAAUCUGGAUGUUAUUUCUGCACACGUGCUCUGUUGCAGCUUUGAUCAUGUUAGCAGUAGCUA